AUGCUGUUCACCGCUAACCCCUUAUUAGGAAAAUGGCCUACCUUCCCCUUUCACUGCUGUCUCCCGAUUAGGACAACGUUGGAGGUGGGUCCUUGUCCCGGAAUGCCUCCAUCACCAACUUCGCCUUUCAAAAGGUAUAAAGGGUCCUUUCCCCAGGCUCUUUCUUCCCAAACUACUCCCUCCUUACCACGCUCACACUUUCGCGACUUUUUGCAUAUACCUCUUGAUCCUGCAACUUCAAUUUCACAACCUCAUUCCGCACUACUCCAGUCGCCUUCGCCGUCUCUUGAGCACUUCUUCUUUUGGAAUACCUAGAUACUACACGAAGCGCAGGUAACAGUCUAGCCAAAAUGUCCCACAACAGCAACAUGGCUGUGAAAUCUGACUCCGAAGACGACUUCGUUGUCAUCGAAGACAACCACACCCUCAAAAUCAAUCAGCUCAAGAAGGAGCACCAGCAUGCCAUUAGAGACUUGAACGAGAAGCACAUCGGCGAGCUAGCUAUCCUCCGAGAUAGCUGUUACAAGCGUUCUCAGAAUACCAUCGCGCUAGCCAGUGCUUCCAUCGAGCGUAACAAGGCUUCUGCUAAACGUCGCAAGGAAAGUUACGAGAAGGAGAUUGAGGAUCUUUCGGAUGAGCUCACUGCCGAGAAGGCCAAGGUGGCGCAUCUUCUGACCCUGGUCCCACCUCACCUUGGAGGCAGAAUGCUUGGCCUAUCUAGAUAGGGUCAGGAUCAACAGCCCAUCGUAAACACAUAACCACCACAAUAACCUGCGUCUGAAGCGAAUUGGAGAGUAGGAUACUGGAGUUUCAGGUAGAAUAGUACCAAUAAAGCAGUCAUCCGUCAACGUCAGAAAGCUUUGGCAACGGAGAGGGAACAUAGGUGAAUGUGAUAAGUUUUGCUGUCUGUUUAUCAUGAUGCUUGCC